AUGAAAGAAGACGAGACCCUUUCGCCGCCCAAGCGGUCUAGCAUCAGCGAUCCUGGUGCGCACGAUCUGGCUGAGUCCGACUCAGAAGAUCACUUCUCCGAUGCGCAGUCCGCCCCUCUCAGCCCCGGAACGUCGCCUAUCCCCAAGACCCGUGUAGAGAAGGUCGACGACGAGCCGUCAUACGGCGAGGUUCCCGGCACGGAGGCUUACCGCAUGAGGGAGGGCGACGCCGAACCGGACGAGAUUGCUAUCCAGGAGAACAAAAGCGAAGAAGAGACCUCCUCAGAUGCCGUUCCGCCACCCUCACCAGGCGGGCAACCCAUCCCCAAGACGGUUGUCGAGGAGGUGCCGGGCACGUCAGGGCCGCAUUCAGAGGAAUACGCAGAGAAGCGUAAGGCAGAUGCACCGGCCGACUUGGUCCUCAAGGCGGAGGACGAUGUCAAGGAUGACGGCAGCAACACCGAUGUCCCACCUGUAUCACCUGCGCUUUCCGCUCCUCCAGGCUCCCCUUGUAUGAGACGGAAACCGUCAAAGAAUAUAUUGUCCUCUGCUCCUUCGAGUGCUGGCCUCGCACCGCCGCCCAAUGAGGAAGACGGAGACGGCGAUGGCGAUGACGACGACUUUGGUGACGAUUUUGACGACUUCGAAGAGGGGGAGGAAGGGGACGGUGGCUUUGACGACUUUGACGAUGGAUUCCAACAACCAGAAUUCGAUGCGCCUGCCCCAGCACCUGCGCCUGCGCCGGCCUUGCGGCAAGUUCCGUCAUUACCAUUGUCUAUACCCGACUUCGAUGGCCUGGAUGGCGAAGACGUUCUCCAAGCGGUCGACCCAUACCUCAACACACUCUUCCCUCCAGAAUCGCUUGACGUUUCACCACCCCCGCCAUUAACGAAGGAGAACCCCAUCUUCCUCACCCCACGGAGCGCAUCGCUAUGGUCUCAACUAGUGGCUCCCCCACCGCUCGCACCGCCAGACUGGAUCCGUUCUCGCAUCAGGCGCCUUUUCCUCGUCUCUCUCGGCGUGCCAGUUGACUUGGACGAGAUUCUCCCUGCGUCCAAGCAGAAGAAGCUUGUACUUCCCUCAUUGCAGGUCAACUCGUCAGGCUCACCACGGACUUCCUCAGACUCUCGUUCAGUAUCGAGGGUACGGCAAGAAGCAAACGCAUCCACAACGUCAGUUGACUCCAAAGGGAAACCAUCGGUGGCCAAGAGAAAGGGCGCGCCGACUGCACCGGAUCUGGACCUUGUGUCCGCAAAGCAACUCUGCACCACGACGGAGGAGGCUUUGAACGGCAUGACGGACGAGGAGCUCAAGGCCCACGUCGCGAAACUACAGGCAAUGGAAGGCACCGCCAAGGAGGUGCUGGAAUACUGGACGAAAAAGACGGACGAAAAGAUAGGCGACAGAGAAGCCUUCGAAGGCGUGAUAGAAAACCUGGUUAAGCAUGCACGCAAGGUCAGGAAAUAA